UGCUUUCACUGCACACGUUGAGUGCACACGCACAAUCGUUUUGCUGUGUCUUUUUCUUUCAGAGAUAUCUUCCCUUUCUCCCCGUCUGAAUUGCGGCAAUUUUGAGCAAGAUGACGAUGUCUGCCGGCGAGCAGCUUCAUCGCAUGACUGAAAAUGUCUACAAGCACACAAUUGAGGGAUUUAACCCGGAGAUACGGAACCUGAUCACACUUGGCAGAGCGUAUGAGAAAGUCUCACAAAAUGUCACACAAGUUGCGAAGGAUUAUUUUGACGCUCUCAUGAAAGUUGGCGAACUGGCAAGCGAGACAAAAAGUGCAAGACAGUUGGGGCAGUCGUUGUUACAGAUUGCAGAAACCUACAGACAAAUAGAGGCAGAGAGAGAAAUCACAUUACAUGCCUUCAGGAAGGAGCUGUUGAACCCCAUAGAAGCCAAGUUGGAUGCUGACUACAAGGCAGUACUGCAGGCUCAGAAGUCUUACAUCAAUGAGAACAAAGUCAAGGCUGAGGCUGUUGAAAAAUGCAGAGGGGAACUGAAGAAAAUCCAGAAGAAAGCCUCUAAGAACCACAGCGAGAAAUACGUCGACAAGGAACAGAAGAGCUCAGAGGAACUGCAACAUCUGACUAAACAGCUGUAUGACUUCCGGAGUGACGGUCUGAGAGAGGUGUGGCUGGGCGAAAGGAAACGAUAUUGCCAUGUCGUGGAGAGAUACUGUUCCCUAGUCAAGAAUGACUCGGCAUUCUUCAGCAAAGCACAGAGUGUCUUACGUCAUCGGAUGCCUAAAUGGACCGAGUCGUGUGCCAAGCCUGACAGACUGGCCGAAGAGUGUGACGAAAUACUUAACACGGUCUUCUCCGGCCCUCUCGGCAAUCCCCUCCAGAUGGAACUGAGGACCUCCAAACGCCUGUAUGAGCGCAACAUCCUGCUCGCCCAGAGCGAGGAACAGAAGGAGAAAGGACGAGCAUCUCCUGUACUUUCUCACGAAGCCCCGGAGAGACCAGCCUCGGCCGACAUGGCCGAUGCCCACGCAGCGGCCAGCUACAGCGCCACUUUGCCCAAUCCCAAACGAGACAAAGGCCCCGGGAUCCGGCACAGCAAGUCCAUGAUCCACAAACUCCCCCAGGGUGUAGUGUCAUCCUUGCCGCAGAAUGCAUACCUGCGCCGAGUCUCCGAGGGCGCUGAAAACAUCUCCAGAGAAGCACAGAAGAUGACCAAAGUCCAGGCCAUAUACAGCCACAUUGCCAACAGCGAGAGCCAGCUCAACUUCCUGGAGAGUGACAUCAUUGGACUGGUUGGACCAAAGAACAACGGCUGGUACUACGGUCACAACUACCGCACCAAGCGCAGCGGCUGGUUCCCAAUAGCCUACACCCACCCUUUGCAGACUCCACCAAACCAACAGAACGGGGCAACCAGCCCCUUGCCACAGCAGAUCCAGCCUCCUAACCCGUCUAGUCCCCCGCCUCUCCCUCCACUCAGCACCAACCCGGCCUUCAAUAAGGGCAUGGCGGCCAGCAUGGACAACAUACUGGACGGCCGCAGCCAGUACCCGUCACCAGACUACCACAGCGGCCAUCAGAGCCCCGGUGUGGUACCUGCGGCCUCUACUAUGUCGCUGCCACACUCGCUGUUGCAGGGGGCGCCGACUGACCAGCAUGGAUCCCCGGUCGAAGGUCACGUGUCAGAUGGCACCAAUGGCUUAGGUCGGAGGUCGCCGACCAGCAGCGUGUCCAGCUCGGCAUCAUUGCCCACCCACCCAUCCAGGGAUACAGCCAGCAUUGAAGAGGAGGAGGGAGAUAGCGCAAUUGCGGCUGUCCAGCUACGCAAAACAGUCACCAACGAUCGCUCCGCUCCAUUGAUCCCUAAGGACUACUCGAUGAACGAAUAUGCAAGUUCUGCUAAGUAGAUUUGCUCGCAGUUUGCAAAAGUAGAAUACUGAAAAGCAAGGGGAGGAAUCCAGUGAGCCAGAAGACAAAAGCUAUGCACAACUCAGGUGAGAAGCCCUUCAACCAGCUUACGCCUGGACCUCAGCGCUAAGACGGUGAUCACUGACACCAAGUCCAACUCUUCCACAAGUGCCUUCCGAGAGUGAUGAAAAGUGAAAAAUUUAUAUAUAUACAAAAAUCUAAUCUAUAUAUAUAUUGUACGAAAACAAAAUUGAUAUAAUUGAUAAUUUUUUAUCCAUAUUUUGACACUAUUUUCACGCAACUCAGCAAUUUAGUUUGAUAGAGCACAGAGCACUGAGCACCUCCUCUGUUUCAGUUUAAAUGUUUUAGACAUUGCCACCUUAGUUGAAGGGGCCAAAUGUAGCUCUAGUUAAAAACUAACAUCUACUUUGAUAGUUUUUAUAAAUUUUUCAUUAAAAGGUCACAGGAGACGAAUAUCUUAAAAGUUGCAUAAAAAGGUACAACUCUAUGAUAUUUUGUAUUUAUUUCUUUGUUUUUCUAAUUGCAGACAAAUAACAGAAAACAGUUGAGAGUCUAUCAUUCAGUUUAUUGUUCGCACCACAAAGUAAUGUAUCAUGGAUAUUUGCCACACCACCUAGUGAUGUAAGAGACGAUCCAUCACUUAGUGAGGCGGCAAAACUAUCGCAUUCGUCACUUCAUGGUGCAGGAAGCAAAUUUAACUACAUUUGGCCAGAAAGUGGCUUAACAUUUUCUUUCAUAAAAAAAAAAAAUCGAACAUGCUAAAGAUUUUGCUAUUGGACUUGCCUUUUUUAAAAUUACGUUUGUAUUACAGUUCAAUGUACAUAACUACAUCUUCAAACGGUCCACGGACACUGCAUACGUGUAAACAGUAUUACAUCUUAAUAAAUUUACUUGUUAACUUUUUUUUCCAUUAACAUAUUAACUUUGAUGAAAGAUUAUAUAUAUAUUGCACUACAAUCACAUUAUUUUCGUAAGAAUAUACAAAUCUAAAGUGUGCUUGAUUAAGACAGUAAUUUGCCAUUCAAUGUAGGGUACAUGUUAUGCAUGUAUUAAGAUAUUUAAGACACAUUUUAUGUUUGUGUUUUUAAAAGAGCAGUUGUGUUAGUUUUUCUGUUUUUUAUUUUUAUUCCGAACUUUUUUUCCAAGGGUCUAGCAUAUUUUAGAUGAAAAUAAGUUAAAAUGGUACGUUUCUUGUUGAUUUAUUUUUCGUUGUUCUAUUGAGAGAAACGUCACAGCUGGACUAUGCAUAAAACAGUUUUGAGAAUUAAUGUUUAUUUAACAGAAAAAGAAGAUGAACAUGAUUAUUUCAUAUUGAUAUUUCUUUCAUGUUGUGCUGUUAUAAAUCUUUUUUUCUUUUUUUACCAAGCAUUGCCUGAUUAACUUAAAUUUAAUUAACCACUGUCUUAAUUAUGAAUAAGGUAUUUUUCCUUACAAGUUAUAGAUAAAAUCACAUUAGCCUACAUGAUUGUAUAAAAAAAGCACAUUUAUAAACAGUAAUUAUCUGUACAAAUUGAGUUAUCCUUGUUUGUGCCUACCACAUUUGGGGUAAAAAUACUGCAUUUUGAGUGCAAUUUGUUUGUUACAAGCUUGUUUAGCAGGCAGUAUGUAUACAGCGACAAAAUGUGAAAGUUAUCUAAGACAUGGUGGGGGGGGGGCGUGUAUAGUUAUGUAAACAUGAAAACACCGCCUUUUUGACUUUUCAAAGGGAUUGAAGUUCCAGUUUUUGAAUGUAUGAAGAAGGUGACAUUUGCUUACUGCAGCGUUGCAUUUUUUUGCAGAUUUGUAUAACUUGCUAGCAUAAAAAUGCUUUGGGGGUACGGGUCGAGUCACACGAAUUUUACCCAUGUCCAUUAACUCUUGAUUUCGUUAUGUUUGUCAAGUCUGUGUGAAUGUCUUUUUAUUUUGUAAUUGUAACACCCAGGUGCUUGUGAUAGAUGUCAAGUCAUUUAUGAAAAUAUUAGUAUACAUUUUGUACAGCAAAAUUACUAUUGCUAUCAUAAUGGAGGAUUUAGGGCAUUUAUUAACGAACAUUUGUAGAUUUUUUUGUUUUUUAAAGUGUGCUUGAAUUACUUUGAGUUAUUUCUUGGUAUAUGUUUGGUAAACUUGAUGAAAGAUUUUUGUAGGAAUUUAGGGGCUGGAUUGGCCAUUUAACAUUGUUGACAUAAUUUCAAACAUUCUUACUGCAAUUUACCAGAAAAUUCGUCCUUUGUAGACCAUCUAUGCACAGAAUAAAAAAGACACUUACACAGUUACCCCAGAAUUGAUGGAAGCAUGUGACAAGCACUGUACAAAAUAACCACUCCAUGGCGGUUAUUCUGAAAAUUAGCGUGUACAAUCAUUCUGCCAUUUCUGGGGGCCUCCGUUAGCAUACAGUGAUUCUGUGCCUAGAUUGGUCUGUAUUUGUCACGUUUUUUUCUCAGCCAAUCACUUUCAGGUCUUCUUACUAUUGGCCAAUCAAAUUCAUGCUCAGUGAUAAAAGAGACUGUGUGCUACAGUGAACAGCCAAUAGCCUUGGAUAACUCAAAACCUUUCGUCCAAUCAGAGGCUUACUACGAAGUGUGCUACAAAUGAUGUGCUACAAUGAACAACUCAUUGAAUAAUUUUAUUUUUAUUUAUUUCUUAAAAAGAUAAUCAGAAAGACAUUUUAUCUUCCAUUUUAAGUUACUGGAGAAAAGUGGACAUUUUUCAGGAAAUUUGUAAAAAAAUGCUUUGCACGGUAUCAACUUUGCACAGUAACUGAGGGCAUAUAGAGGCUACAGUAGUUAUUUAAAGGAGUUACAGGGUUAGUGCAAGUAUUUUUUUUUUAAUUCUUACUUUUUCAGUAAUUUACAUUUGGUAAGAAGUUUAAGGUCACCAGAAGAGGGUUUAGUGUCUUUUUAAAUUCAUGACUUUUCCUUGAAAAAGAGUAUUUGUGGUCCAAGUUUUCCCAUCAAACUGUUUUCAAACAAUGGGGGAAACAAAACGACAUGUAUAUUGUAUAAUUUAUCUCAGCUUUUAUGCCAAGUUUGUAUUAAAAAAAGUAUAACAUAUACAAGUAUUUAACAAUUAACUUUUAUCGCUGAAUUGGCAAAAGAAAUUAUAAAGUUGAACGGUUCUACCACGAUUUUUUUUUUUUUUUUUAGAUUUGAUUGGGAACAGCUUUUUAAACAGGACAAUGGCUGAAGUGUACAGUUGUGGAUUUUGUUGAUGAAGAUGUGGGACUGUUUUUGAAAGCGAUUUGUUCAUCUUCAACCUGUUUGACAGAGACGUUCUGUCUGGAGUUAAUCUUAUGGUACAGUUAUUAAUCCGAAAAAAUAAAAUAUUUUUGGAUUUUAUUUAUGCACCAUCACAAGGAUAAGAACCUGUAAGUUUUCUGAGACCACUUGCCUCGGAGCACCAAGUUGCCUCAGGAUAUGCCUUUCACGCAUCAUUUCUGAAACAGUAUACAUUUUGGUAACACAUUCCAGACUUGUUAACACGUGUAUUAUUUCUGCUUCUGUUUUUGAGGGGGUGAAGUAUUUAUUUUUGAUUUUAAGGCAUCUGGACUGUUUGUGUUCUGUCUGAAUUUUAGAGUUAUUGAAAACUGGAUGACUACUGAUAAUAUGUCUCUUAAUAAGCACUCUUGCACUGCUGAUAAUAUGUCUCUUAAUAAGCACUCUUCAAGUAGUAGGUACAUAUUUGCUUUGUGUGCUUUGCUUAGCUGGGUGCAUAACAACUAACAUGUGGAAAUUUUGUCUACUAUACUUAUUGGAAAAACAGAAAACGUAUGCACAUUUGUUGGGACUAGUUAAACUUGAUUCCAUUGCUAACGCUUUUAAAAGAAAGCGUGCCUGCCGACUUUGAGUGAUUGUGUGCCCUAUUGAAUUUCACGUCAAAUUGGCACAGGUAAAUUUAGAUACUUUGCGUAGGGCCUACAGUUUCAAAAAUUGACUUUGGAAGUGAAGACAUCUCAUAAAGAUAUUUCACAUGUUAUUUUAUGCCUAACGUUUGAAAGGUAAAAACAAUAUAGUUUGUUGUAAAGUAAAACAUUUUUUUCACAUAUUGUAGUUUAAAAAAAUGGAGUUUUGGCUCUAGUGCCUGUACAAUAAAAGAACAAGAUUAUGUAGUUUGCUUUCUUUUGAAA